CCUCCAUCGUUUCAUCUAGAUCUGCAUCUCAUCAAAAUUUGAAUUUCGUCUCCAAUUCCCCUAUUGAUCUCUCUAGAUGUGUAUUCAAUUGAAUCACGGAUUUUGCCCUGCUGCCUUAUUGAUAUUGUUCGACGAACGCGGCAUGAACAACUAGAUUUGGUGCCGGUUUGUGUUGCAUCGCUGACGGAGUAACCGGGCUAUUCAUACACGGUCAUAUCUGAUCAUGCGAUAUUGACUUUAAACUUCAGAACGUCGGUUGGAUCUGCUGUUUCUGGUUUGCGAUCUGGAUUUGGUCGAAGGCGUCCACCUCGAAUCGGAUACAUCAGCAACACGGAUGGCUGUGGUUGAUGAAGGUUAAAUUGGUUUGUUGGUUGUUAUGUUGAUAUAUGUGGCACUCUCUGUUAUUCAAGUAAGCAAGUUGUGAUGAUUAUGCAUGCGUGUAUAGGUAAAGAAGAGGCCUUACUGUAGGCAGGAUAGUGCUCGAUAAUUGUGAUUCGUAGAAACUGUUGUCCUAACUGACCUUUGCCAUGGCGGGUGCGCUCUCAUGGCAGGUCAACCAUCAUAAUAAAAUUUCUGGUUUUUGUUUUCGGAGGGGAGAUGGUACGGGAUUGCCCGGCUCUCCCCUCUGGGUGUCGCGUGUCUCUCUUUCCCUAUUGCUCUCUUCUCAUCUGGAUCUGAAUUCGAGGCAAAAUCACCUAACCAGGGUCUAUGUUAUCAUAUCUUGUUGCUUGUUCAAGAUUGGAUCUAAAUCCAAAUAUCUUGGGCAAGCAACUAAGAAUAGAUUCCUGCUCAGAUGCAUAUUGAACUCAUGUACUGCACCAACAACAGAGAAUCGAUUAUUGCUUCACCAAUCAACAAAUGCGGCUAAAGUAUUUACCAAUUUUACAGCAAAGCAAAUAAGGUACAUAAAUGAGCUCUCAAUUUACCUAUAUCUUCAUUUCACAGUUACUCUAAUAUGUUUUACUCAAAUUUUGCUUACUUUAAUCCAUGAAAUACUGGCUAUUUAGAUUUAGUUAAUCUUAAAAAUGAAAUAGGGCAUUCACAAACUGGUACUGUAUACUGCAAUCUGUAUUGAAUGAAAUAAUGGUAAAUAAUCUCAUCUCUAUUUUUAAUGUAAUGGCCUAUCCGAAUAAGUUUUGUUCACAAUUACCGCCAUAUCUUUUUGUUCCGACCAUCCAAAUCAUAAUAGAUCACUAGCAGCUAUUCUGGUACUGUAGUUUAUUGCUAGUGGUUCUAUUAAGAAUCUUUAACUUAAAGAACAUCAAUCUGUUAGGCUUGUUUGGCUUGACGAUUGGUGUUAUUUCUAACUAAAAAGGCUUUUGGAUUAACUCAUGCAUCAAGCACAAUGUGAAUAAGCAAUAAGAAGAUGCGUUUACUGAUUUGGGCGACCAACGAACAACCAGACAUUAUCAUUAAAAGUUAUCUAUUUCACAAUGAAAUCUGAGUGUAAAUGCUUAAUUCAGCUUAUAUCGAUUGUGCUAUGGGAGAAUACUAUGUAUGUAUGUAUUCACCGUUGGAAUCUUUGACUCCAUCAUUUGCAAUGGAGUCAAAGAUUUAUUAUUUUUUGGCUUGAGAAUAUGAUGUAAUAAAGCAAAAUGGCUCAGUAAAGUGUCUGUGCUUAUUUGUUAUGAAAUAGUAGUCAGCCCAUUGCAUUUUGGAUGCGAUUUUCACUAUGUUUCAUCUGGAAACAGUCUUUCUGUACUUUAGCAUAGUACAGAGGUAAGACAGCGUACAUCCGAUCCCCUACCCCACCAUAGGUGGGAGCCUUUUUGGCACUGGGAUAAAUGAAAAUGAAAUAUGUAUGCGUUCUUAACAACAUUCAGUUUCUUAAGUAUUAAUGAUUUGCAGACAUUGUAUCAAUAUACGAAUUCCAAUGUUUUUGGUUAGAAGAAAUUGUAUCAAUAUCUUGUUCAGUUUCUUAAGUAUUAAAUGUUCCCAUGUUGUUGCACAAUUUGUACUCGUAUUGUUUAGUGUUGUACCUUCUAGUUCUAAAUAGAGGAACUCUUGGAUCAUUAUCAACUUUGAAGUGGUUGCCCUGUUAUACAAAUAUCAUUAUGAAGCUGGAAUGGGAUUCGACAGCAUGGUAUGGCUAAGAGCACUACAAACAUGUUUGGAUGAAUGGAGGAUGACGUUCAGCAAUCUGUACCUCUACAUCUCCCCUUAAUUGUCUAUGGUAUAGAUAUCAAUAAAUUGGUUACCAAAGGAUGGAUGGACCCAGUAUUCUAUGUAUCUUUCUUCCUAAAUCAUUACUGCACAUAAAUUUGACUUAUUUGCCCUAUUUACCAUUUGAACUAUUGUAUUAGCUUUUAUCAUUUGGAUCAAAUGAUUUCUUGUUACGUUUCA